AUGGUUUAUACAGGCAAGCCCUCCAAGGGCUGCGGCAUGUGCAAGAGUCGGCGGAUAAAAUGUGAUGAGAAACGUCCAAUUUGCAGCCAAUGUCAGAAGAGCGGGCGGGCCUGUCCUGGCUAUCCGGAUGAGUUUGAUCUCAUGUUCCGAGAUGAGAACAAGGCGCUCGCAAGGAAAGCCAGAAAAGGCAGUGGUCGGAGCGAGAAGAGCCAAGAGAGUCGGUCGGUAUCGCCUGGCACCCCGGCCAGCCUCAGGGCGUCACCGAUAGCCGAAAGCUCAAGAUCCCAAGCUCCACCGACAUCAGAACCCAGCCAAAGCCUAACGCUCACUCCACCGUUUACCCUUCCCUCCGACCUGUCUACCUUCCAGGACUUAUUAUGGCAGUUCGAUCAGUCCAUUCCGCCAACCAUAGUUAUGGCCCCCGAAUUCGAAGCCAUCCCGUUCUUCUUCCGCAACUUCAUCACGCUUCCACAGGAAGCAGAAUCCAUGCGCGGCUAUCUCGAACUACUCAUCCCCUUGUACAACCGUGCACAGCCGUCGUCCGCCCUCCAUCUUGCCACCAGCGCCGUAGCCCUUGCCACCUGUGGGAAUUAUCCCGGAAGACAGCAUCUGCUCCGCGACGCUGCCACCACGUACGGAAAAGCCAUCCGCAAACUCAAUGAAGACCUAAAACAUCCCCACCUAGCUAAAUCCGAUGAGAGUGUACUGGCGACGUUGCUCUUCUCCUUGUAUGAAACCAUCAUGAGCACCGAUGACACCAUCACCGCGUGGGGAAACCAUGUCGACGGCGCGGUCGCAUUGACAAAACUACGUGGAAUGGACCAAUUCGACGAUCCAAUGAGCCACGAUGUCUUCCGCGCAGUGAGAACAAUGAUGAUCACAUCCUGCGUCCAGCGCUCCAAACCCAUCGACUCCUUCCCCGGUACCACGGGCUGGCUUGCGUCUCCCCUCUCAGAAGAAAACGCCGCCAACCGCCUCACCCUCAUUUGCAUCGACCUCCCUAACAUCCGCUCGCGCGCCAACACCCUCACCAAAACCGCCUACCACGCUUCUCUCGAGCAGGAAGCGCUUUCCGUCCUCGAGCUCGCUCAGCUCGUCGACUCAAACCUCCAGCAGUGGUACCUAACGCUGCCCCCCGAGUGGCACUACCACACCAUCGGCAUCGUCAACGAGCCUGUCGAGGAUCCGGCGACGGCGGAGAGCUGGAUGGGCGAGCAGCAUGUGUAUCACGACGUGCCGCUUGCUAGUAUUGUGAAUGACUACCGCGUCUGCCGCAUCUUCUGCAUGCGCGUCAUCAUGGCUUGUGUGGCGUGGCUGGCCGUAAAUCCAAAGCAUAACCUCACUGCCGACUACGAGAAAGCGGUGUAUGUCAUCCAGCAGAUGGUCGACGAGAUAUCGGCAUGCAUCCCGUUCCACAUGAACUACGACCUCCAACCCAUCGCCAAGAAACUAGGCCAGGAGAAAAACGCCGCAGAAGCCUACGGCGGUUACUCGCUCGUCUGGCCGCUCUAUGUCGCCGCAAACGCAGAGACCGUGCCGCAGGCCCAGCGUGACUGGCUGAGCGGUAGACUGAUGAUGAUAGGGACGCGGUUCGGGUUAACGAGCGCGCAGGUGCUGGUCCUCGCGCGGAGACACGUGCUCACGUGCGGACCGAUGUUUCCUUGA